AUGGAGACAGGGCGAGGCAGUUCAAGCCCCUCCUCUGCUGACUCUAGUGCUCUGCCGCCUAUCUCUGCUGCUCCUCCUGCACGUCUCCCUUCGGCCAAGACCCACCGACCUCCCAGCAAGCAGAUCCCUCAAGGAGGCAGCAUGAACUCCGCAAGUCCAGGAAGUCCGCCAGCGAGUGUUGGAGACGAAUUAUUGCCCGAGAGCGACGCAGUACAGACGGAGACUGUGAUAGAGCAACUUGGCUAUGGAGACGCGCUGUCCGUCUCCCAGCAGGAGAAGAUGCAGGUCUUCGCGACGUCUCCCGACCUCGAAUUGCUGUGCACGCUAAAGGAGCUCUCGAUCAUCAACCAGCCCACGAUCUGCGAGCUCGAAGGCGUCAACAACUGCACCAACCUGGAAAAUUGUGCAUUACCGAGUACCCGACGACUUGAAAACUUGGACGCGCUGGUGAAGUUGGAGAAGUUGUGGACUCACGAAGUGGACGCGUGUCGUAACCGUAUUGACCGCAUUGACACGGCGCUCAAUGGCUGCGUGAAUCUCACGGAACUGAACUUGGCGGACAACCGGCUGUCGAGCUUUAAAGGACUGUUGUCCCUCAUGAACUUGGACCAACUUGCUGUUCUCGUGUUGAGCGACCCUCACUUUGGCGACAAUCCCGAUACCGUGGAGCUGUCAGCGCGCAUAGCGGAGGCCACUAUGAUCAUGAAGAAAAUGUACUAUAACAUGCGGGUUAAGGCGAUAAAGCGCGAUGUGCACCGAAGGAUUCGCCACGCCGAGACCACUCGCAACCAGGCUGAGCAUCACAUAGAAACUAGCGUGUCGGCUCUGAAUCCGCCGCCUCGAGGGAAGAUGGUAAAGCUCUUCUGUGCGAUCGUUGGUGCGGCGGGAAGCGCGUUCGAGGUGACGAUUGACGAAGAUGCUUCGGUGUCCGCGUUGAAGAAGGCGAUCAAGGCGGAGAAGCCAAACAAGUUGAAGGACAUCGAUGCAGGUGACCUGCAGCUCUUCCUGGCGAAGAGGGAGGACGGCGCGUGGCUGAAGUCGAAGGAUCUGCUCCGGAUGCGGAAGGGGGAGAUCCCCGAUGAAGUUGAGAGUCGCUACAUGAAGGAGGAAUUGGACGAUCCGACGGACAAGAUCUGCGAGACGUUUCCCACAAUCUCCGACGGAACGAUUCACGUGCUGGUGGUGGUCCCGAAGCAAGCGAUCUCGGCUUCAAUUGUCUCCCAAGAUGGUGUCUUUGAUCCCUGCAGCGACCCGUUCUUUGCACAAUUCCCCACGGUUGAGCAAGUAGGCGAUUGGCUCGAAUUUUCGUCGUUGCUGCCGUUAACAAAACGUCAGAAGCUCUACAUUCGCUCGUCGUACAGAGUGAUCGCCGACCAAGCACUGAUGAAUCCAGAUCGGACCAUGGUCAAGUAUGCUGUCGUCACGGGCACGCCUGGGAUAGGCAAGUCGGUGUUCGUCUACUACAUGAUGUGGAGGUUGAUCAAGGAGAAGAAACGCGUGCUGUUUUUCUCCAAGAAGGGACCGAUUUACUUUGAUGGGUCGACGAUGUUCCAGUGCGAGUUACUGCCAAAUAAGUUUGACCAACGAUUUUGGUCGCCUGACCUGUGGUGCCUCGUGGACUCGGUCGAUCCAACCGCUAUGACGGAAUUACCGAUAGAGGACUGCUCAGUACUUCUCGCAAGUACACCGCGACGAGACUGCAUUGGGGAAUUCAUGAAGCUCGUUCCAACUCCAGAUAUGGCUCAGACUCUGAUUCACAUCUGCAGCCAAGAGCCAUAUACAGAGUACCAAGUUGCGUAUGCGUCCGAAUUGGCGAUGCGAGUGAUUGCUCGGACGAAGCUGAUAUCGAAUCGCGCGAACAUGGAAAGUUUUCUCAGCGCAUGCAACGGGAACCCGCUGGCUCAAUCGCUGUGCGGAUACAUCUUCGAGCCUCACUGUCUGCGACUAUUGCAUGAGGGUGGGAAUUUCGAGUAUCGAGAACUGUUGACUGGCGCCGAGAUGCAGCGUCAACGCAAAAGAGGCCGCCGAGAUAUUGAUGAAACAGAAAUUACAAUCCCAUCGUCAUCGAAGCCUUCUCAAAUUGUGGAGCGGUUCGGUGGAUUCCAAGUCACUGUGGGAAAGACUCAUGAUAUCAAGGCCGGCGCGGCAGAUGAUUUGGCGAAACUGGGUCCGGAUGGCAAUCAACUCUUCUUUUUGCUUCCACCGCUGUACUACAAAUCAUUCACCAAGAAGUCGCCCACGACAAUUCGGCAGUUUGCAAUCCUUGUUCCGUAUCCCGAAGAGAUUUAA